CAGAUUUACCUGAUAAUGAUAAACUAUCAAGAGAUUAUUAACAAGGCGGUGGUCUGCAUAAUCAUAAUGAGAUAAGAUUUUGUUCAGUUCAGUAUUGUUUUUGAAUAAUGUGGAAGCUACUAGCUGGACUUUUGAUAGUAACAAUAGUGGGGGCUUAUAAAAACCCUUACUAUGCUCCUCGCAGAUCUGUAAACGUCCAUUUGUUUGAAUGGAAAUGGAACGAUAUAGCAAACGAAUGCGAAAGUUUCCUGGGACCAAAAGGCUACGGCGGCAUACAGAUAUCACCUCCAAAUGAGAAUGUGGUUCUCUGGACAUACAACCGGCCGUGGUGGGAGAGGUACCAGCCCAUCUCAUAUGUACUGGUGACACGUUCCGGCGACGAGCGACAGUUUGCCGACAUGGUUCGUCGCUGCAAUGCCGCUGGUGUCAGGAUUUACGUAGAUGCAGUAAUAAAUCAUAUGACUGGCGAGCCCCCGGAGAACUUUGGUACAGCUGGCAACACAGCUUCGUACCGAGACUGGUACUACCCCGCGGUGCCGUAUAGGAGGGAACAUUUCAAUUGGCCGCAUUGUGUUAUUGAUGGCAUGGACUACGUGAAUAAUGCGUGGAGAGUGCGUAAUUGUGAACUUGUCGGACUAAAAGAUUUAAAUCAGGGCGAUGAACAUGUAAGAAACAGAAUAGUUGACUUCAUGAAUAGACUUAUAGACCAUGGUGUUGCUGGCUUUAGGAUUGAUGCAGCGAAACACAUGUGGCCUCAAGAUUUAAGAAUCAUUUACGACCGUUUGAAGAAUCUGAACACGGCACACGGGUUCCCUGCAAACGCACGUCCGUACAUCUACCAAGAAGUUAUCGAUUACGGUGGAGAAGCUAUCAGCAGAGAUGAGUACACUCCAUUAGGAGCCGUCACCGAGUUCUUAGCUGGUAGGGAACUUAGUAAUGCGUUCAGGAGAAAUAAUCAACUUAGAUGGCUAUCGACCUGGGGUCCACAAUGGGGUCUUUUACCUCACAGCGAUGCCCUCACCUUUAUUGAUAAUCACGACAACGAAAGAGGUCACGGCGGUGGAGGUGGAAUUCUGACAUACAAAGAACCUCGCCCGUACAAGGGAGCUAUCGCCUUCUUGCUGGCGCAUCCGUACGGUGAACCCCAAAUAAUGAGCAGCUUCGAUUUCUGGGACUCGGAAGUAGGACCACCGAUGGACCGAAACGGAAAUAUUAUUUCUCCAGCAAUAAAUUCGGAUGGUACAUGUGGCAACGGGUGGGUAUGCCAGCACCGCUGGAGACAGAUCUACGCGAUGGUCGGGUUCAGAAACGCUGCGGCUUCGACCGGCCUCACCAACUGGUGGGACAACGGCAGCAAUCAGAUCGCUUUCUGCCGCGGUGGAAACGCGUUUAUAGCUUUCAACAACGACUUAUGGGAUCUUAAUCAAAAUUUACAGACUUGUUUACCCGCUGGUAGAUAUUGCGACGUGAUAUCAGGUGAUAAGGUGAACAACUCUUGUCGCGGUAAAACUGUGACAGUUGGCAGCAAUGGCUUCGCGCAAAUUAUCAUUGGCGCCAACGACUAUGACAUGAUGUUGGCAAUACACGUUGGUCCUGAGAGCCGGCUGUGAUUUUUUCACGAAAAUGAGAAAAUGACAAGGAAACAAUAAGUUAUUGCCAUUGUAAACUGAUUAUUAAAACUGUUUAUUAUUAAUA